ACAAACGUCAAGAAUACGCAAAUAAUCACAACAAACAAUUCUCCAUACACCGCAACAGCAACAUCCUCUUUGUCCUGUUACAAUUUCACAACAAAAUGAGUCAAAAAAGGCCGGAAAAAAUAACUAACGCUUCAAAUGACGACGAUUCGGUGCUGGUUCUGGAUACGGACCCAAAGGUCGUCACCAAGGCGGCCGAACUGCUGCAACCGAUCAACACCGAGGUGGUGGAUAAGAACCUGGACAAGGUGCUGGAAGCCGUGAAGAUCGUUGAUUUGACGUGCGAUUUCAAGGGUUGCAAGCAGAAGACUAAUCUCGUCGGGACGGACUGUUCGUUCUGUAAGGAUCGGUUCUGCUUCAAACACAGCUUGCCGGAGAUACACGGUUGUGGUGAGGCAGUAAAACGCAAGGAGCGUGAACUGUUCCUUCAUCCCAUGACCGGUAAAGCCAAGGCGGAACAGUACGAAAAACAGAAGGCACAGGUGCGUUUAACGCAGAAACUGAAACAGAUGUCACUGGAGCGAAAGCAGAAGCCUUCGUCCGGAGGAAGUACCGCCGGCCCCAGUCGAGGUGCUAGCUCGUCUAGCAGAGGAAGAAAGCGAACCAACAACCCGUAGGAGAAAAGUGCUAUCGUUUCGAAAAUCAUUAUUUAUUAUGAUCCUAAGUAUAAGUAAAUGUUAUAUAGCGUGAUAGCCAACCAGUAAUAAACCAUCGACAGACUGUGGCCAUUUGU